GGAUUUUCUUUUUAUUUAUUUUAAGAACCGAUAAUAUGCCAUGUGCACUAGGAUAAGCUGUAUUUUUCGGCGUGGCCGCAUGGAUAUCCACCCAUGGAUGGGAAUUGAGCGCUAUCCAGUUUCUACUAAAAUACUUUGUGGUGUUUCUAAGAUUGUACCUGGAUACGAUCACUUUCGCAACAUGCGACCGCAAAUGCCCAUUCGUUCUAUUGGCAUUACAGGAACUCAGCCCCUCGUUCUUUACAACCGUAUGGAUCAGAUUAUUCAAAUCGAGAACGCCAUCGCGCUACAGCGGAUUGAGCGGCAAAUUGAGGUCACGCUUUCGCAGUUUGCACUCGGGAUUCGCAACGCGGAUAAUUUUCUGGAAAAGCACUUAAUGAACAAAGAGGUUCGCCCUUCUGUGCACACGCUGUGGUUUCACGAAAACGGCCUGCGUGAGCACCAACACAUCCUUUCUACACUUGCUGCGCAUCAUCUUGUCCCUUUGUUUAGUUUGGUGAGCUACGACGUUGAGCGCGGCAAAAUGUCGGUUGCUCAGGCCGAAGAGGUCUAUGAGGAGCUGAUGGAUUGUUCGUCCGCGCAGCCUAAAAUAGUGCAGCGCGAGCUCGCUAACCAGAUAAUCCGAGUCUAUUGCCUCAACGACGACUACCUCAAGGCGAUUGAUGUGAUUGACGAAAUGAAGUCAAAGGGCAUCCGACGGACCUUUGUGUCCUACGCGCCGUUGUUUCGAUUGAUUCGUAUGAAAAUGGACGCCGAAAGACAGGUAAAACUAUUGAAACAUAUGUACGAGGUUGAAGGCGGCAAAUUUUUGAAGUUCUUGUUUAUUGAUAUACCACGAAUGUCUUACAUGUUCGGGGUGUUUAUUCGAUAUAACUGGGUUAUCAUAAACGUUUGCUUCAUUAUGAUAACGACCAUAUUGACCCUCUUCUUAUACAAUUUUGGUGUGUUGAUACUGUGAAAUAGCAAUCCAGAAAAGGAAGUCGGGCUGUGCGCACUUGCGGAAACCUACAGGCUAAUGGUCUUUGUACGACUCACAAACUUUGAUUGUCAUUGCUUUGUAUAUUAAUACUUAUAUUUUUUUCAUUUCUAUCGUUUGAUACAUUGAAUAGUUGGUGUAUUGUUGCUUUAGCGUAUUCAAUA